GACAGUUGACAUCCAAACAAAAACAUGACAACAUUUCACAACAUUUGUUUACUAACAACCAUCAUCGUCGUCGUCGUCGUUUCCAUUGCAUUUGCGAAGCCCUUCACCGACGACUGCCAACAAGCAACGUCAUCGAUACCCGGAAAAUGCGUGCAUCUCACGAAAUGUCGUGCGCUCUUUCAGCUUUUGUUGCGACAAAAUCUCACGGAAACCGAAAAGCAGUUUUUGCGUGACAGCCAUUGUGGGAAUCGGAACGAACAACCGCUCGUUUGUUGCUCUCCCGAUGCCAUUCAGCGAGAAAUUCCGUCGCAACAAGUCGCUGCCCGGCAAUCGGAAACGCUUUUUCCCGUUCCUGGAAGUUGCGGAAUUCAAUCGACGGCGCGAAUAUUUGGCGGAACAAAAGCUACAAUCGGGGAAUUUCCAUGGACUGCUUUGAUAAAAUAUCGGAACAAAUUCAAUCAGAGCUCGUUUCAGUGCAGCGGCGCUUUAAUUAACGCAAAAUAUGUCGUAACAGCGGCACAUUGCAUCAACGGGGUAGAAAUCCACAAAUUUUGGUAUCCGAUGGAAGUUCGUCUCGGCGAAUGGGAUUUAAGUACCGGCAUCGAUUGUAUCGUCGAUGGCAUCGAUUUCGAUUGUGCUGAUCCGCAUCUCGAUGUAAAAAUCCAACAAAUUAUCGUUCACGAAAGUUACAUUCCAACAUCGCCGAAUCAAUAUCACGACAUUGCUCUUCUCAGAUUGACCGAAAAUAUCCCCUUCACAGAAUUCAUUCGACCCAUUUGCUUGCCAUUCGCCGAUCAUUUGCGGAAACAAGACUUCACAAAGCUCAAAUUUUGGGUAGCAGGAUGGGGUCGCACUGAAAAAUCCGGUAAAAGUAACGUUUUGAUGAAAUUAUUGGUGCCGGGCUUCGAUACGCAACAAUGCAGCAAACAGUAUAAGGGCGAGAGAAUUUUCAUCACGUCAAAUCAACUUUGUGCUGGCGGGCAAGAUGGCAAAGAUUCGUGUUCGGGAGAUUCGGGUGCAGCUUUGAUGACAAUCGAUACGGAAGAAGGCGAGCAACCGUAUUGGUAUCUCGCUGGAAUGGUUUCCUUUGGACCGAAGCCUUGUGGGAUGAAAGGAUGGCCUGGCGUUUAUACAAAAAUUAGCGAGUACAUUGAAUGGAUUGAGGCGCAUGUGAAAUAUUAAAAA